AUGACACUCUCAAGGAAAAUAUUUGCUUUUAUUGUGCUGCUAUGCCUAGUAUUGUUCUGUAUGGUACCGUUAUUCAAAAUAAAUGACAGUUGGGUGGAGAUGAACCCUGUUAUACAGUUUCACAUUCCAGGUUUUAGUGAUGUUAAAACUAAAAUUGUUCACUGGAUAGUAGUGACUACGGUAUCCUCCUCACCUCAAGACUACAUUAACCAGUUGUCUACCAAUUUACCACUGUGGAAUAUCGUAAUUGUGGCCAACCAUAAAACACCAAGCAAUUUAAAGUGUAAAAAAUGUUUUGUACUGAGUGUCAAAACUCAAAAUACGUCACCAUUUAAAAUCGGCAAAAAUAGUUCUCCAAAGAACAUUGGAUAUCUCUACGCUAUAUCUCGAGGAGCGAAGUUUAUUUACGACACAGAAGAGAGUUAUCUCCCUGUCAACAAGUUAGCGGACUUCUGGUUGGCGGGAGAUACGACUGGUCUUAUUUAUAACGGUCAACAACAUGUAUUUGAUGUGUACAGACAUUUCGGACGCUCUUCAAUAAAACAACGAGGCUUUCCACUCAGGAUGAAACGACCACCCCGGGACAACAUCUUCAAACUUUCAAACAAUUUCAAAACACCGUUAAUACAACACGCGCUAAUCAAUGGUGACCCGGAUAUUGAUGAAAUUAUCAAAAUGGCGUUAAGUUCUAAAACCAUCAAAGCUAAUAAGACUUUUGACGAGAGAACGCCACCAGUUGUUAUUCCCAAAGGAGUUAUGGCGCCUUAUAAUUCUAAAAAUACAUUGUUUCUGGCUGAUGCAUUCUGGGCUUUGUUACUUCCGGUGACGUCAUUUGAGUCUAACCGUGAUAUCGCGAGAUCUUAUUGGGGUCAAAGGUUAUUAUGGGAAAUUGGAGGCACUGUGGGCUUCUUUCCGCCUAAUAUGUUUCAUCAACAUGCCGUGAAUGGCGAAUGGAAGAGUGGCUUUUUUAAAUCGUCAAGAUUAGUUGAGUAUCUGCUAAAAUGGAAGUGUCCCGAAUCGUUCCAAUUUGUAAAAUGCGUCGAGAAACUGAGUGAAGAUUUAAUGGAGGAAAGGUUAUGGAGUAAAGAGGAUUAUAUUUUAGUCAAAAAUUGGUUAAUAGAUUUAAAGACAAUAGGAUAUAAAUUUCCUGACCGAUCUCAGUUUACUACUGUAGAGAAAAAUGAUAGAAACGUUGUGUUUUCCCCGUCUGUGAUAUCAGAAGAGUCUGCUUAUUCUUCUAAAUGGAAACAAGUGAUUGCUAUAACCAACCAUUGUAAAGACAAAGCGUAUCAGGUCACUAGCUCUAGUAUGAGAGCGGAGCCUCUAUCUGAUAUUUUACUUAUAGUGGUAUUCAAUACGCCUUAUUAUAACAAUAUACCUCAUAUAAACUUAAUAUACAGCGUCACGUUUGAUCAUAUAGUGUAUUGUGGAGAUGACUUCAAAAAAUUCCAAAAAACUUCGAAAUCAUUCCCGAAAUCAGUCACUUUUAUAGCACAGUCAGUCGACAAUGGAUACUCAGUUGAAAAAUGUAUUUCUGUUGCUAUGAAACUCAACCAUAAAGUCACCGGGUACCUGCUUAUAGGGGACGAUACUCUCUUAAAUUCCUGGAAUAUUCGUAAAUUUCCAAAAGACAAACCGUGGUUUCAUGGUUUUGUGCCUAUGUUCCGUGAUAGGAACCAUCCAUGGCACUGGUGGCAAACCGGUGUUGGUCGACAACCUUUUAAUAAAGCUUGGGCAAAAUUAACACAUAUCUCAACUAACGGCUCUAUUACGGAAUUAACAAUAGUGAAAAAUUAUAUGCAAAUUUUAAAAAAUAACACCGGAAGUGACCUCGGGGUUUACCACUGUCCGUCCGAUAUCGUUUAUAUUCCAUAUAAGUACAGAGACACCUAUAUAUUAAUCAAUGACGUUUACUCCCAAUUUAAUAUAUUUUUAGAAAUUGCCAUACCAACUGUAAUAGCAGGGUUAUGUCCCUUGAAUCAAAUAGUAGAGUUGAAGGGGCAAUAUUUGUGGUACGAUGGAAAACGAAAUAAAAUUCCACAAUAUUUUAAAAAGGACGAAGUUUUUAUUCAUCCAGUGAAACUUUCUCAGAUUCAGACUAGUUUGAAGCCAUUUUUCUGCCAAACUUUAUUCCCUCUGCUGGUGUCCGGCCAUAAAAACUCUACCAAAAUCGUGCCAUAUAUUACUGGACCUGUCCAACAAAUUGGACCUUUAUAG